GUCUCUCUUUCCCUGCCACAGAAGCCCAGGUUACCUCUCCUAGAGCAUCUCAGCAAGAGAGAUCCCCAGUUUACACGUCCUGGAGCCUGGCCUGUGCUGUUAUGAACCUUCCCUGCGCAUGGCCUUCCACAGUGGAAGGGUGCCAGGCAUCAAGACCAUCCUCAUUCACCUGCUGUUGUGCCUGGUCACUUUCUACGCAGUCUACUACAUGAUUGGAAGCAUCUGCUCUGGAGCUUUCAGGCUGGAUACAUUUGAUGGACUUAUCCCUUUUGAAUUUAACACAGAACCAUCUCACUCAAAUCCCAAAUAUCUGGUGAAUUUGCUGUCCAUGGAACUGACCUACUUCACCAGUGGCCUUCUCUUUGCUGCUCUGCUGAAGCGAUGGGUCUGGGACUACGCCAUCACUGUCACACUCGUCCACGUGGCACUGACGUCUGUAGUGAUGGAGCAGUUCCCUUUGGUGUGGCACUGGUGGCUAGCACUCGGCAGUGGCCUCUUUAUCAUGAUUUUCAGUGGACAACUUGUGACCCACUUUGCUUGCCCUGACUCCAGUGAUCCCACUUUGGACAGCUACUGACAUUCUUGAGAGAUUCAGGAUCAAGGUAGCUUACUUCCUAGACCUCCAAACCUGAGCAUUUCAUCUGAGCACUAUUUAUAGGGGCUGCAGUGAGUUCAAGUAGCAGGGCUAGAAAGAAGAAACGUACAAUGGCUUUCCGAGGCGUAACUAUGCGACUGUGCACCACAAGCACUGAAGAGCCCUAAAUCCCAUUUAGCCACCUCAAUCUGACAGAGCACGGUUUGCCAUGAAUAAAAGCCAUUAAGCUCCUUUCAUCUGAGAGAGGAAGGUCAGAGAGAAGCUCGUACUAGAGAAACACGGACCAUUCCUCUGUGGGGAAGCUGAAAGGUGUUGACAGUCUGGUCAAGU